AUGUACGACGACCCCGACUACCCGUCGCGCGAUCGCGAUCAAUACCGGCGAAGAUCCCCAAGCUCGAGGGACCAACCACAUCGCCCACGGCAUGACUCUUCUAGGUCCCCGGGGAGGAACCGAGCAGAUGAUCCACGUCGCCCAGACCGUCAUCAUGCUUACUCGGACCAGAAUCAUGGAGGGAGAUACGACCGAGAUCGAUCGGAUGCCUACCGUCGAAGGGAAUCGCCAGGAUAUGGCCGGGACGCACGCUCGCCUGACCACCACCGGGGUCGAGACUACAGAGGAGACCGUGGCCAGCGCAGUCCAAGAGACCAUUCGCCCUACGCCUCGCCCGACGAUGACGGAUACUACCGAGAAGGCGGCUAUCGUUCCGGCCCAGGCCGGCCCCAUCAUACCUUGAAGCUGGAUGAUGUUCCGGGCAGCAUGAGCGCGCAAGAGGUCGAAGAUGCACUGUGGGAUCUGGGCGCCAAAGAUCUGGUUGAGUUACGACUCAAAUCGGAUGACCGAUCGGGUGAUCGUCGGUGCUAUGCGUUCGCCGAGUUCAGGACAGACGAAGAUGCUAUCGAUUUCCUAGAAAGGUACUAUCCUACCCUUCAGCUCACUGCUACUGAUGGUAGCCGCGCUCGUGUCCCCAUCGCGUACAGCCGGGACCGCCGCCCGCCUCCCAAGUCUGAUGACUGGCAAUGCACAAUGUGUCACUUUGAGAACUUUUCUCGCCGGGCAACAUGCAAACAGUGCAAAGCACCAAGAUCAUCUGAAAAUGUCGCCGAGAUGCAGCUGGAUGGCAUCAGCGAUGAGUGCCCCCAACAAGCUCCGUCACAGUUCUUGGUAGUUCGCAAUCUGCCGCCAUCCGUCAGUGAAACCACUUUGGCAACCGGUAUCAAGAAACUUUAUGUGGCGAAGGAAGACGAGCCCAAGCAGCCGGCCGGAGCUCCUACUAAACUCAAGAGCACAGUCCCUGUGGGCAACACAAGUGGCCUGGGGGCCAAGGCUGGCUCCCUCGCCAGGGUCUUCGUGAUACGCGACCGACAAUCAGAUGUCACCUGCCGAUAUGGCUUUGCCGAGUUCUCCAGCUUGGAUGAUGCCCGUGCUGCCAUGGCCAAGUUCAAUGCUAGUCCUCAGUUCACCAUUGGUUCUAAACCAGUCUCGAUAGCUUACAUUCAUUCUGGGGUUUUCAUUCCUUACCUCAAGCCUGCCAGCGAACAAGAUAGCAGAUUCACGUUCGUAGCAACUCAUAACCCAUCCUUGAGGCUGAGCUACUGGAACCCAACUGUAUAUGCUAGCGAGUUAACGGUCUUCAACGAGGGGCUGUAUGAGGAAGCUACGGUGGAAAAGGCAGCAACGGACCAAAGCUCAUCCGCCGCUAAGGACUCGAAAAAGAGGAAGGCCGAUAGAGAACUCGCAGCUCCCGGCGGAAAGAAGACCAUUGCCAUGGCACCACAGCUGGCGAUGUGGGCGAACAAGCAUGCAGAGCUCCGUGGAGGACAUAAGAACUCGAACCAGAGUAGUGUCGACGAGAAGAAGCCCCCGGUCACAGGUCCGAACAGCUUGGGUGCAGUCUCUGAUCUCUCGGUAUCUUCUGCACCACAAACAGUUACCACAUCUUACGCGGAUUUGGACAAGCUGUGCUGUCUUCUAUGUAGACGCAAGUUUAUCAGCGAGCCAUCUCUGAGACGACACGAACAUCUCAGCGAUUUACACAAGAAGAAUCUGGAGGACGAUGCCUUGAUUGAAAAGGCGACCAGAGACCUCAAAGCCCUCGGCAAAGAGCCUGUGUCCAAUUAUAGAGACAGAGCCAAGGAGCGCCGCACUGCAUACCAACAGCCGAACAAACCAAAGCCUCAUGUUCCUCGGAAGCCGAAACAGCCAUCCAAGGAGAAUGAUCACACAGCGCCGUCCAAACCUGCGAUAUCGAAAGGCGCGGGUUUGCUGGCAAAGAUGGGCUGGAACUCAGGCUCGGGGCUCGGUGCUGAGGGUGAAGGGCGAACCAAAAUUAUCGAGACAAUGGCGUAUACGCCAGGGGUUGGCCUGGGAGCUGAAGGCGGCAAGAUUGGUGACGCCGCUGAAGAAGCCGCACGCAAUACGAAGAACGACUACUCAGACUUCGUGGCCAAGGCGAAGGAUAAAGCUAGACAACGCUAUGAACAGAUGGGCUAG